AUGGCGCAGCUCAUCAAUCAUCCUCUGGCCACGGUCGCGUUGGUUCCUAAGGACGCCGCUCUCUUUGCUGCUGGCGCAAUCGCCGGAGCCGCCGCAAAGACCGUUAUCGCACCUCUGGACCGCGUCAAGAUCCUUAUGCAGGCCUUGACGUUGAUUGGGAAGGAAGAAGGAAUUAAAGGGUACUUGAAAGGGAAUCUGCCCCAGGUCAUACGAGUCAUACCUUAUAGUGUAGUACAACUGUUUGCUUAUGAGACCUACAAGACACUUUUUCAAGGAAAGGACGGGGAACUCUCUGUAAUUGCAAGAUUAACAGCAGGUGCAUGUGCUGGCAUGACUUCAACUCUUGUAAUGACAUACCCACUAGAUGUCCUCCGCUUAAGGUUGGCUGUUGAACGGGGAUAUAGAACAAUGACACAUGUUGCUGUAAGUAUGUUGAAAGAGGAAGGCCUUGGGCCAUUUUACAGUGGUCUAGGUCCUUCUCUUAUUGGAAUUGCGCCUUAUAUUGCGGUCAACUUUUGCAUCUUUGACUUAGUGAAAAAAUCUCUGCCAGAAAAGCAUCAAAAUCGGACACAAGCAACCUUGGGAACAACACUUAUAUUGGCUACUGUGGCCACACUAAUUUGCUACCCACUUGAUACUGUCAGGCGGCAAAUGCAAAUGAAGGGUACUCCGUAUGUGACAGUUUUGGAUGCCUUUUCUGGCAUAGUGGCUUGUGAUGGUUUGCCGGGACUGUACCGGGGUUUUGUGCCGAAUGCAUUGAAGAGUUUACCAAACAGCAGCAUAAGACUCACCACUUUUGAUGCUGUAAAGCGUCUGAUUGCUGCUGGGGAGGAAGAAUUCCAAAAAAUUACAGAGCAGAACCGAAAGAAACGAGAUCAAAGUGCUAGCAAGUAA